CUGAAAUGACAGGAGUUAGACAGGUGGCUGCCAAGUGACGUUUGGUGUAAAUAAUUAUUAGAUUAAUUUUUUAGUCGAUGCAUUGAUGAGCUUAGGUGAUUUCAAGGGAGAAUAAUGAGUGAACGUGAGUGCAAUCAUGGUGCCAAUGACGCUGACUUGGUAGAUGAUGCAGUUGAUCCACGAGUACAGAUUGAACUUGAAAGAUUGAAUACUGCAACUGAUGAUAUCAACAAACUUGAAGUGGAUUUAGAUGAGGCUAGGGCAACCUUCCGGAAAUUACUAUGUGAAUCAACAAUAACAAUUAACACAAUGGGCAAGAAACUGGGCUCUUGUAUCGAGAAAUCUCGACCGUAUUAUGACAGUCGUUUCAAAGCUAAAGAAGCACUCAGAGAAGCUCAAAAGGCAGCAGUGAGAUAUGAAAGAGCGAAUGGUCAGCAUGCAGCGGCUAAGGAAAUGGUUUAUCUCGCUGAAGAGGGACUUAGAAUGGAGGGUAGGUCCUUUGAUCACGCCUGGCAGGAAAUGUUAAAUCAUGCUACGGAGCGUGUCAACGAAUCUGAGCAUGAGAGGGCCCUCUCAGAGGCUGAGCAUAGACAUAUGACUGCAUUGUACCACAAUGCGGAGCACAACGUUCAGCGUUUGCAAUCAGAGCUGAAACGAUCAAUCGCUAAAUCCAGUAUGGAUGCACGUCGCAGCUUGCUUCUGAUAAACAGUAUCGCCUACAGGCACACCUUGUUACUAUUGAACAGGCCAUAUUACGAGAUGAAGGCUCAAUUUAAUCAAGUCCUGGAGCAGCAAAAGACUCGUGUCAGCGAGCUUGAGCGUUCAGUGACUGAAGCCAAAAUGACGUAUGCCGAAGCACUGAGGAAUUUAGAGAAAAUAAGUGAUGAAAUUCAUCGCACACGCCAGUACGAUGGAAAAAUUGGCAAAGCAAAUGAGAAGGAUAAUCCACCAACGUCUUCAGAGUCAAGUGUUACGGGUUCACCAGAUAGUACUGAUUACACUAGCGAUGAAUAUUUGCAACUUCCUGAUAAAAUGAGCCCGAAAAACUGUCCUGUUCAGACGAAAAUCGAGGGUAAUCCCUCGAAAGAAUAUUUGGGCCUGGCGACGCUUAAUAUGUCCUCGACAGAACCCCGAAAGUACAUUAAACGUGAAAAUCGUCCAGUGAGCACAGUAAUGACCCCUGAAUCACAGCCUCCAGCUUACCGCGGUCCUGCCUCCCCCUCCUGUGAAGAUAAAGUACAUACAUAUAACUCAAAUAUAAAGAUUGACGAGAAGGAAAAGGGCCAAGGGGAGAAGGAGGCUUGCAGUAGAGAACAUAAUGGUGAGGAGUGGACAGAGAUAAGUUUGAACAACUCUCCAGACGAUAUUUACUACAACAAUGAUGUUUAUUCGGAUGAGGAAGAUCAAAUACCUUAUAAACCGUUACCCAGCGAAGUAAGUCCAGACUCUGGAAGUGCAUCAAUGGUUUCAGGGUUUAAUGAUCAGCUUCCACAAAUGAGUGGACGAAAAAAAAAACUUGUCAAUCAACAGUCGUUGCCUGUUGAUUGGAGUGGUAAUUCCCAGAGUCCUGCUAGAGUUAAAGGAAAAUUGGACAGCAGCUUGGCGAGCUGGAUUACCAGGAGUUCUGCGGCACAAUCUGAUUGUGGAAAUUCGUCAAAUUCUAUUAGAAGGCAGUCACUCGAUGUUCUAUGGAGUGUUGGCCCUGGGGAGAGAGUCAAAGAGUUAUUGAAUCAUGGAAUGAUGAUACUUAACAUAUCUAGUCUUACCGAGCGAAGGUCCAGUGACCCGAGACUUGCUGAGAAAACUCUUGAGAAAAGUUACAAAGAUGACAAGGUCGAAUUGAGAGGGAAAAAAGUUCCUUCUCCAUUGGAAAAAACUGUGAGUUAUCUCACUGCUGAUGAGGAGACGUCUGACAGCGAGAGUUUGACGAGCGUUGAAAUGCUGUCCGAAGAUCAGAUAUCUUCGUUAAUGAUGGAACCUGACAUUAAUCAAGUAUGCCAGGAGGUCCUUGGUACGCCUCUAGUAGAAGUCUGCCCGCUGCUUCAACAUUUACAGCGGCAGCAUUAACAAAUGUGAAAGUUGCAUGAAACACCAAAGAAAAAACAUUAAUAAUGAAAAAAUCUGUAUUUAUUAGUAGAUACAUUGUCGUUUAUUGAAGACAAGUAAUGGAAAAAUCAUUUCGGAUGAUCGUUUUUUUUUUUUUCGAAUACUUGGGGAUAAUGAAGAAUUAUCAAUCCAUUAUAAACGAUUAUUGAAUAAAGCUGAAAGAGCCUAAAUUUAUCCGAGGAAAAUAAGAAAUAUUAAUUAUAUGUAUCAAUUGAAUAAUCACUUGACGUAAUUUUUUUUUAUCGUCAUUGGGGAAUGAAGUUAGUGCACUAGAGUUAUUCAGAAUAAGUGUACACACUGGUCAUUAUCUUUCGUAAAAUUCGUUGCGUGUUAGUCAAUGAUGGUAUUAUUUCAAAAAAAUGUGAUUGGUUUCGUCAUUUCAUAUGAUUUUGUUAUGUUUACUUUGUUGAUGAUGAAUUAUUUUGUAAAUAAUUUCAACAGAUAAUCUUCAAACAAUUUAUUUAUUGUAUUGUUGGAUAUAAUUGUACGUAUUAGGGCCGCCUUAUAAAAAUUGAACUAUAUAUAGCUGAAUUACGAUGAAAUGAAUUUAAAUUCUCACGUCAAUCUGGACGCGCCAAUUGACAGGUAUAGAAAAUCUACGAAUAAAAUAUCUCAUUCAUUUUAAUAUUUAUUCAUCAGGUGAGCAAUAGUGAUUUUUGUUUGUUUUGUUUUUUUUUGUUUUGUUUUUUUUUUUUUUUUUUUUCAAAUAAUGAGAAACUAGCAAGUACGUAUCAUCUUCUUAAUAUAAGUUGACUGUGUGCUCCAUCGCGCUAAUUACGGAUUAUAAUUAAUGAAUUGAAUUAAUUGUAAAAUAUUGUAAAUGUGGCUGUAAAAUUACCUGUAAAUAAGGCAAAAAUAAUUAACAAUAUUA